GCGUGUGAUAUGAGUUGGGAUUGAGGAUUUUCUGUUAGAAAACAAGAACACUUUUGCUGUUUCUCUUUUCUUGCUACAAACAGUUUUAUUCUUCAAUAAAAAAAUGUUGUCAAGAUCAAAGCUUUAGCACAAAAUCUUAUGUCAUUAUCAUCAUCAACUUCUUCUUCUUCUUCUUCUCCUAUGAGUUCUACUUCAAUGGGGAUGUGUUUUGCUGAUAUGAAUUCACUUUCCAUUACUCCAAAACAUGAUAAUGAGAGUACUAAAACAAGGGGUUCUUGGGAUUUUCAGUUCUUGAAUAAAGAAGCUUUUUCUCAGAGUUUAGAUGAAGCAGAAACUAGUGAAGAAAAUAAUGAAACCAUUGAUCUAAAUGCUUCUUGUUUCAAUGAUGAGAAACCAAUUACCAUGCAUAGUAGUACUAUUUUUAACAGUAGUAGUAGUAAUAUUGGCAAGGAAAUUACAGAGAGUGGACAGUCAAAACUUUGUGCUAGAGGUCAUUGGAGACCUGCUGAAGAUGCAAAACUCAAAGAACUUGUUGCUAUUUAUGGCCCUCAGAAUUGGAAUCUUAUAGCAGAAAAACUAGAAGGAAGAUCAGGGAAAAGUUGUAGAUUAAGAUGGUUUAAUCAGUUGGAUCCAAGAAUCAACAGAAGAGCAUUUACAGAAGAGGAAGAGGAAAGACUAAUGGCAGCACAUAGAUUGUACGGUAAUAAAUGGGCUAUGAUUGCAAGGCUAUUUCCAGGAAGAACAGAUAAUGCAGUGAAAAACCAUUGGCAUGUAAUAAUGGCUAGAAAAUAUAGAGAACAAUCAAGUGCUUACAGAAGGAGAAAAAUGGGCCAAUUUGUUUACAGAAGAACAACAGUGGAAGAAGAUUCAAAUUCAAGCUUAUUUGUCAGUAGUAGUAAAGAAGUUGCAGAAGUAGCCAUGAAUGGAGAAACACAAACACCAAUUAUCAGUGUUGGCCAAAAUUCUGCAAACCCUUUUGGCAGUUUGAAAAUUAAUAAUGAUGGUCCAAAUGGUUGGGUUGUUUAUGGACCAAAUGGUUCACCCCACAUGGCUGCUUCUGUUGGAGAAGCAAUUCCUAGCACUAAAACCAAUGUCCCUCUCCUUUCUCCUUACUCACCAUUUUUUGCUCCCUUUGACACUUUACCUGGUCAUUGUGGAAAUGAGGAGAUGAAUAUUCUAAACCAGCAAGGUAGAUCUUGGGAAAGGCAAAGGGAAGCAUCAAAUAUAUCCCACAACAUAAUUAGUCAUCACCACCACUCUCUUCAUCCAUCUAAUUCAUUGAUGAUGUUGAAUAGUAUGCAACAACAGUCACAAUGUUUGCAGUUUCCUUAUUCCAACUUCGCAAAUGUCACAACAGCAAGAGCACAAAUUCCAUCACAAGUAAUAGUAAAAGAGGACAGAAGAAGCAGCAGCAGUGAUAAUAGCCAGUGUGAUGCAAUUGCACCACCCCCUCCAUUUAUAGACUUUCUUGGAGUAGGAGCCACUUGAAAUUAUGUUUAGUUUUAAGAAAGCUGAAAAUGGUUGUUGAAAAAACACCAAAAAAAAAAAAAAAAAAAGGUCCCCCAUUUGAGUCCUAUGAAAUGGUAACAGUAUUAGCAUGUAACCAGUAGUAGUUGUAUUGGGAGGUUUCUUUCAGUUAUAUUAUGUCAAUGUGACACAGA